ACCGCGUGCUUUACGCGCCAGCUUUGGCCUUAGCCAACGAGCUGCAAACCGCGGCGGAGGAUGGAGAGCAGCGAUGAGACGCCCGUCGAGAAAUGCCGAAUCCACUUGCGCCCCGGCACGCUGCGCGAUGCACCUCCCGCCACGUUGCACCUUCUGCCCUGCGAGGUCCUGGUUAACCGGCCCGCCCCCGUGGAGCGCUUUUUCACCCCCGCCAUCCGCCAGGGUCCCGAUGGACUGGAAGUAUCAUUUCGGGGCCGCAAACUCUGCGGCGAGGAGGUGGCGGUGCCGCCUGGCCUCGUGGGAUACGUGAUGGAGGAAAAGGGAGAGGGUUCGUCGAAUGACGAGCCUGAGCAGCAGGAGCUGGUGGAACCCCGCGAGGCGCUGGAGCGGGACUUUGACCGCUUUAUUGGAGCCACCGCUAGUUUCAGUCGCUUCACGCUGUGGGGCCUGGAGACCAUCCCCGGUCCGGAUGCCAAAGUGCGUGGGGCCCUGGCCUGGCCCAGCCUCGCUGCAGCGAUUCACACACAGGUGCCUGAGGACUGAGGCCCGGAACCUGCAAUUGAAAGCUGCCGGUCCCUUCACCCGGGUAAACCAGCUCUUCACUUUGGAGCCACUGAUUCCAUCACCCCAAAUAAACGAGCUCUUCACAGCACCUGUGAGUUUGUGGGCUCCUUGGAGCCCCUAA